AUGAGUAUACUACACUAUAAACAGGUUAUCUUUUACUUGAGGCCACACUCAAGAGAUUGGCCAGACUAUGACAACUGGGACGAAGUUCCUCCAUGUUAUGAUCCUCCAGAUAUUCUUCCAAAUAAGCACAAAGAGCAUCCCACAGAUAAUCCAUUUCUGGUUUGGCUCCUCCAAUGCCAAUCCUUCUUUGAUGAAACCAUUUUCUUGGAGGGCCAUGUUCAUGAAGCCCAGUGA